AUGGAAUGUGCAUUUCAGAAAAAUUCUGGUUGGAUGGUGAGUACUGCAGAUUUUUACCAAGAAAUUCAUAUUGAAAUAAUCGCUUUCAUAGGUGAUUAUGAUUGUAUGGAUUGGAGUGAUGAAUAUUUUCUUAAUUCUGGAACAUCGUGUCCAUUCGAACCGAACGCAAUUGAAUGCGAUGAACAUUUAUGUUUUAGUAAUAUGUACUCAUGUGGUGAUGGAGAAUGUAUCGAAUGGAUAACUCGAAUGGCAUUUCAACGAUUCGUAAAAGCAAAUAAUGACUGUUUCAGCAAGCGCAAUCUAAAUUACAUGUGUGAAGUAAGUCUACAUCGACCUGCUUGGACACUAGAAAAUGGACUUUGUUGGCCAGAUAAAGACUACGAUGAUCCUCGAUAUCCUCCAUGGGACAUGAUUCAUGUAUCAAAACUCUCCGAUGAUGCAAAAUUCCGAUAUCUAUUUCGAUGUAUUUUAUCAAAAGGUUUCGAACACGAUUGCCCAUGUAACCAUCAAAAUUGUACGCAAAUAAUGAUGAGUCUAUGUCCACAAUCUAAUUGUUUUAUUAUCUAUCCGUCAGAAGGAUUAAUUAAUGCAAAUUUUAUAUUCUUUUACAACUACACUCACUCUAUGGAACAUCCAACUGUUCAGUUUUUUCUAUUUUCCGGAGGUGUACAAUGUCGAGGCUAUUUUUUUCAGACUAAACAGUAUAUCCCACUAAUGAUGAAUUUUGCACCAUUCUCUACUUCACAUCUGAAUCAUGUACUCUGUCAAAUCGAGAAUUCUAACAUGAGAUAUCGAGAUCUUUUGUCACCUCAUCAAAAUGAUAAGUUUUGUUGGAAUGAUUCAUUAACACUCAAUGGUCAUCCAUAUGCUGUCAAUCCUGGUAUAUGCACCUUUUCAGGAGAAUGCAUAUCGCAAUAUCGAAUUCGUGAUGGAUUUUCAAAUUGCCUUGAUGAACAAGAUGAAAGAAUGGGUCUAGACAAGAACUAUUGCUCAGAAAAUGUAGGACGAUAUCGUUUUCAAUGCUUUAAUGAUGAAUACAAAUGUCUUUCACUAACAAUGUUGGGUACAGGAGGUGCUGAACGUUCGAAUAGGUAUGAUGAAAGUUGGUAUAGUACCGGUCCUGACCUUCGAAAUCAAAUUGCAUGUUCUAAAGGAGGAACUAUUGGUUGUGACCUUGUGAAAGCAUAUAUUCAACAAUCAUCUACUAGAAAUUCGAACAACAAUAAGUCGCUCAUUAAUUCUCAACAACAAGAAUCAAGAAAGCGACAAUGUAUACCACUCAGUUGGGUUUGUGAUGGUGAAUGGGAUUGCUCAGAUGCGUCCGAUGAAGAAGCUAUUGUGCUCAUUGAGAAAUGGUCAGGUCACAAUGCUUGGUUAUCAAAUUUAUAUUCUUAUGUUGAAAGAUGUCGAAAACAAUAUUCUAAAUCACCAUUUUCGAAUAUUUGCAAUACGUCUUUUGAAUUUGGUUGUUAUCUGUCUAGAGUAUCAAAUCCAUUGAAUAUUCAAUUGAAUCAUCCAUGUAUUAAUCUUACUCAGAUUGGUGAUGACGUGGAAGAUUGUUACAAUGCUUAUGAUGAAAAAAUACAUUCUCAGCGAAUUGGAACAUGA